GCUCGCAACUGCUGGAUGUUCUCCCAGUAAACUGUAAGCACUAAUUUGUGCAGGGGUUAUGUGUAAUGGUGACAUGUGCUACUAAUUAGAGGGCAUAUUCAUCUGGAGUGCUUGGAAAAAAGUACAUCAGUUGGCUAUUGUGUAGCUGUGUGUUGCGCAAGGCAGUGUUGACAUUGUUUUUAAUUCACAUUUUAUCAACGCUGAUUUUUUGGAGAAUUUAAAAAAAAAAUGAUUAAAGACGGCACUCCGCGUGAAGUGACUGGGGACAGGUUUGUCUUUCUGGGGAAGUCGAGGCCUUUAAAAUGUAUCAUCAUCCUGCUCUCCGUCAUCAUUUUUGUUCUGUUAAUCGCUGUCAUCGUCAUUGGUGUACAGAAAUACUCCUCGAGUGAGAAACAGAAGGUAAGAAUUAACUACAGCAACGAUGUGGACUCCCCACCUUCCAAAAUUUACGAGCUUCGCAUGUAUCGCAUCCACGUCAAGGACUACAAACCCACAAUGCAGGCGUUUAAAAAUAUCAGCGAACUGCGCAGCAGUUUCUCAAAAGUGUUCGGUUUUUGGACGGGGGAGAUCGGGACUUCUAUCAAUCAGCUUGUCCACAUUGCGGAGUACGAUAGCUUAUCCCAGCGAAGAACGGUUCGUACCAAUUUGGGGAGAAAUGAUACCUGGAAUACCGAGUUUGUCUCGAAGUUUCUACCUGCUGUACACGACUGGACCAAUGCACUAAUGACAACUGUACCACACACGCAAAUUAAUACGAACUUUGUUAAUGACCCAGACCGCAAAGCUGUUUACAAGUUGGAGAUUCUCAAAGGGUUUGCUGCGGCACCUCCUGCAUCUGGCGACGAUACUAAAGAGAUUCUUGUGGGCAGGUUCCUAAGUGUGCUAGGUCCCACCAACACGGAAUACAGGCUGUGGCGCUAUGCAAACAUUGAUGACCUUUUCGAGUUCUCGUGGAAAAAGUCCUUAGCCAACCCACAGGACGGGACAUCAAUGCUGCUGUACCCCACGGAAUUCUCCCGGCUGGCUUAGAGUCAUCCUGGUCCAUGUUAUCACCCAUCAUAUAUACAGCCAUUGGUCUACAUGGUCUUCCCAGGCGAAUCUAGGGAAUAGAUGCAACGUGAUGGAGCCGUCGACUACCCACCCCACCCCCCCCCCCUCUCUCUCCGUAGAUGUAGAUGAAGACACAAAGUGUGUAUAUAUAUAUAUAUAUAUAUAUAUAUAUAUAUAUAUAUAUAUAUAU